GGAAAGGGCGACGAUAGCGCUAUUUAGCGGAGGGCAUUACAAAGCUGAAUGGACAAUGCCCGUCUGCUCGGUCCUACUCGCAGCAUAUAAGUCUAAGUAUAUUGUGAGUGAGUGCAGCGUGAUUUGAGAGGCAGUACAUUGUCGCAAGCUUCCGAUGGACGAAUGACGUUCAGUAAUAUCAACAGCACCACUGCAAUCUACGCGGCAACUAUAAAUUCGAGAAGGGAGCGCAAUGGCCACAUCGACCUUACCUUCAGCCGAAGCGUCACCAGUUCAGUCCAAUCUCAAGGGAAGCGAGUUCGAGGAGAAGCAUGGUAGAGGCCUGGAGGAAGUAGAAGAAGACGAUGAGGAUGAAAGAACAAAAGGUGCACAAGUCGCCGAGGCUGGACAACCAGAUCCUUUCCUUCGAGCGCCGAUCCAGCAGAUGCGAAGCCAUUCGUCCGCGCGUUCAGCCCGCUCGCACCAUUCAUAUACCGACGGCUACACCCACUUCACGCAGGAAGAUGAAGAGAAGCCAGCUGGCGGUGAGCAGGGCGAAGAGGACCCGGAGAAAGCGUUCGAGGUUCGCUUCGAUGGCGAAGCGGACCCAUUCAGCCCACGGAACCGAAGUACCGUGUCCAAGUGGUGUAUUGUCCUGAUACUUGCAAGCUCGUCCAUCUGCGUUACAUGUGCGUCCGCUCUCUAUACGAGCACCUAUGCGCAGCUAGAGCGAGACUUCCAUGUCAGUAGAGAAGUGGCGACCGUUGGCUUGACGACUUUCGUUUGCGGCCUUGGUCUUGGACCUAUGUUCCUUAGUCCGCUGUCCGAGUUCUACGGACGACGUAUAAUCUACCUAUGCGCAUUCGGCAUGUACUUCAUCUGGCUGAUUCCCUGCGCUGUGGCGAACAAUAUCGCUACGAUGUUGAUUGUUCGCUUUCUGGACGGACUCGCCGGCAGCGCCUUCUUGUCCGUUGCAGGAGGCACUGUAGGCGACAUGUUCCCGAGAGAAAAGCUUUCAGCUCCGAUGAUGGUCUAUACUGCAUCACCCUUUGUUGGACCAGAGAUCGGGCCGGUGAUAGGUGGGUUCAUUAAUCAAUUCACGAACUGGAGAUGGAGCUUUUGGGUUCUCGUUAUAUGGUCCGGUGUGCAAUGGCUCUUGAUCUUUGCAUUCGUGCCCGAGACGUACGCCCCGGUCCUCUUGCGCAGAAAAGCGAUCAAGCUUCGCAAGGAUACAGGAGAUGAUCGACACAAAGCGCCAAUCGAGAGAAUGAACCGCUCCGUGGUGAAGACAGUACUGUGGAGCUGCAUAAGGCCGUUCCAGCUACUGUUCCUAGAACAGAUGGUGCUCAACCUUUGCUUGCUGUCAGCUAUUCUCCUUGGCAUUCUUUACCUCUUCUUCGGAGCUUUCGCGAUCAUCUUCCAGAACAACCAUCACUUCAAUGAGUGGCAGACUGGACUUACUUUCAUUGGUAUUUUUGUCGGAAUGCUCAUCGGUGUUGCUUGUGACCCGCUUUGGCGAAGGAAUUAUGAACGCCUCGUUCGCAACAACAAAGGCAAAUCUGAGCCUGAAUACCGUCUGCCGCCUACCAUUCUGGGCGCAGCUAUCGUACCCAUUAGUCUAUUUGGUUUUGGUUGGACCACAUACCCAUGGGUUCACUGGAUUGUACCCAUAAUAUUCAGCGCGCUGUUCGGCCUAGGCAACAUAUUUUGCUUCGGCGGCAUAUUUACGUUCCUAGUGGAGUGCUAUCCACUCUAUGCAGCAUCAGCGCUUGCCGCGAACAGUUUCGCAAGAUCUUCCUUUGCAGCUGCGUUUCCACUAUUCGGUAUCCAAAUGUUUGACAAGCUUGGCUAUCAAUGGGCUUCUACCCUCCUUGCAUUCAUCGCAUUGGCAAUGACACCAUUCCCCAUCCUGUUUUUCAAAUUCGGCAAACGGUUGAGGGGGGGCUCUCGCUUCGCGCAAUCUUCAUAGGUCAAGGAAUGGUAGUAGCCCCUUGCGGA